UAUGGUCAAAUCGAGAAGAAAGCGCUCGCGUUGGUGUUUGCAGUUACCCGUUUCCACAAGAUGAUGUUCGGUCGCAGAUUCGUGCUACAGACCGACCACAAGCCCCUUCUCAAAAUUUUCGGCAGCAAGAAAGGCAUUCCCGUCUACACGGCAAAUCGUCUCCAGCGCUGGGCGCUUACGAUGUUGCUGUACGACUUCGAUAUCCAGUUCGUUCCAACGGCUAGUUUUGGACAUGCUGACCUGCUGUCACGCUUGAUGAGCUGCCACAGCAAACCGGACGAGGAAUACGUUAUCGCUGCUCUUCAGACGGAAACCGACGUGAAGGCAAUCCUCGACGACUCUACUUCCCAUUUGCCUGUCACAGCACAAAUGAUCGCCAAGGAAACGCAAGACGACCCGGUCCUCCAAGAGGUAAUCAACCACAUCAGUAACGGCUGGCCGAGCACGGCAAGCGAGCUCCACACUCCAGCUGUACGACAAUUCUACUCGCGAAGAGAAGGUCUUCAAGUUACCCAGGACUGCAUCAUGUUCGGCGAUCGAGUUGUGGUCCCUGAACGGUUCCGCAAACGCAUCAUCCGGCAACUCCACCGUGGACACCCCGGGAUCGAUCGGAUGAAAUCACUCGCAAGAAGUUUCGUGUACUGGCCGCACAUCGACAAGGACGUUGAAUCGUUUGUGCGCCAGUGUCGUUCCUGUGCUGCUGCUGCAAAAUUGCCCCGCAAGACUACCCUAUCAUCAUGGCUGAUACCAACGAAACCAUGGGAAAGGAUUCAUAUCGACUACGCAGGACCGGUCGAUGGUUACUUCUACCUUGUCGUGGUAGAUGCCUACUCAAAAUGGCCGGAAAUUUUCAGGACCCGUAGCACCACUACCACAGCGACGCUGGAGCUGCUACAAGAAACUUUCGCAAGAUAUGGCAACCCACAUACUCUUGUGUCCGACAAUGGUACCCAGUUCGUCAGCGCCAGUUUCAAGCUUUUCUGUGACGAAAAUGGUAUCCAGCAUCUGACGACAGCGCCGUAUCACCCACAAUCGAACGGACAAGCAGAACGUUUCGUCGACACCUUGAAGAGAGGAUUGAAGAAACUUGCCGAAGGGGAAAAGACGGUGACGUUCCAGCAUCUUCAGACGUUCCUAUCCGUUUACCGGUCAACACCAAACCGAAACGCUCCGGAUGGUAAAUCUCCUGCGCACCUGUUCCUAGGACGAGAAAUGCGGACAUCCCUGGAUCUCUUGAAGCCGAGUUCUCCGCGUCCAACCCUGGUCAACGAGAAGCAGAACGACCAGUUCAACCGAAGACACGGAGCGGUCAAAAGAGCCUUCAAUCCGGACGACCUGGUGUACGCGCAAGUACAUCGCCGAAACAAAACCGAAUGGGUUCCUGAACAGGUCAUCGAACGCAAGGGAUCAGUGGACUAUACUGUGUUACUCGAAAACGGACGCCUCAUCCGAGUACAUACGAAUCAGCUACGCCACCGGUUCUCGGAUGCAAGUGCAGCCGUUUUUACACCCAACAACCAACUCCCUUUUGCACUUCUCCUCGACGAAUUCCAAAUCCAAGUUCCAACACCAGUGGUUCUUGAAGAUCCGUUAGAAGAACUGGUUCCCGACGCAGCAAAUGUUCCAGCUGACGAUGACGAUGGAAAUCAGGACGUGAUGAGCCCGAGGUUCCCACCAGUAUUGGUUCGCCGGAACCAGCUCGACCAGGAAGAUAUCGCAGGCUACCAGCUCGGCUUGCGCCCUACGAUCUCUUUUAAAAGGGGGAGAUGUUAUGCCACCAGCGUGUGCAUGACGAAAUAUAGAUCGUAG